AUGGCUAGGGAUGAUGUAGAUAACUUUUUGGCCCAUUUAAGUCGCAAGCAUGCUAGAGACGAAGAAGAAAAUAAGAAGAAAAUGACAAUUAUUCUUAGUACCAUUACAUGUAUCAUUGCCAUUGUUGGAGCAUGGUAUAAUGAAAAUUAUUUGGUUAAAGAGCCUUCACGUGAUUGGGAUGAAGAAAGGCGAUGUCGCUUAAAUCGUUUGUAUAAUGGGAAGGAAGUUGAUUGUAUUGAACAACUACGAGUUAGCAAGAAAGCAUUUCAAAGUUUGUGUACUAUUUUGCAUGAAAAGGGCGGAUUGGUUCGGACAAGAAAUGUUUCAAGUGAAGAAUCUGUUGCUACCUUUUUAAAUAUACUUGCUCAUAACUUGAAGUUUAGGGUCAUCGGUUUUGACUAUUAUCGUUCUAAGGAAACCAUUAGUCGGCAAUUUAAUAGUGUGUUGCGUGCAAUGAUGAGAAUUAGUCAAGAAUAUUUGAAACUUCAGCCAUGUGAUAUUGGUGGUUCAGAAAGAGAGAAGUGGAAGUGGUUUGAGAUAAGUACUAUCUUGUGGAUGCCGGAUAUGCUAAUGGACCUGGUUUUUUAG